ACACACACACACACACACACACACACACAUACACACACAUACACACACGCGUGCUCAAGAUCCAGGCCAACAGAUAAGCAAAACAACACACAGGAAAACAUACAUUCAAGAUGGCGUCCCUAAUGCUGCUGGAACCAAAUGUGUACGCCAAAAACUUAACAAUGACCUCGUCAACCCCCUUGGAAUUCCUCGGAAACGCAUCAGACGGCACUGACGUCAUCACCUCUCUUCAGACGACUCGAUUCAUCGUUCAAACAGUUCUUACCCCCAUCAUUGUUGUCGUUGGUCUCCUAGGCAACGUGCUGAACAUACUGGUUUUGCUACAACCGAACAUGCGGUCCUCCACAAAUGUAUACAUCAUGGUUCUGUCUCUGGCAGACAGCGUGUACCUAGCAGUGAACCUGGCUCUCUCCUUCCUCGCAUGCGCAAAGCGCGGACUUCCAGACUUUGCGUAUUAUUUCAACCCCUACGGCCGCUUCGCCUCCAACUUUUCGGGGAACGUCGCAGUGUGGGUGUGCGUCAUCUUCACCGUCGAACGUUACGUCGCGGUGUGUCAUCCGAUACACGGUAAGAUCUGGUGUACCGUGAGACGUGCGCGUUUCGCAUCUCUCGCCGUGAGCGCGCUCUCGCUCGUGAACACCCUGCCCACCAUCUUUGAGCUUGAGGUCGUUGAGAGCUCUGAUGGGCUGAGGUGUAGGUACACUCAGUUCUCUCAGAGCGACAGCUACGAGCUGGGCUACACCUGGUGGUACGUGACCCUGUUCACAUUCAUCCCUCUCAUCUCUUUAACGAUCUUCAACACCGUCCUCAUCCGGGCUCUCCUGCUGGCCAACAGAAAACGAGAGCAGCUCACGCUGAUUUCCAUACACAGCUCCUCCUCCUCUACCUCCAACGGAAAGGGUUGCUAUGGCAACAAGAAAACAACCGUUCAAACUUACGGCCACGCGAGCCUGCGUAAUCAGAUUUCGGAGAGUUCAGAGGUCACCUCGUCGGGCGUGAGGUCAAGCUCUACGUCAUCGGGGAGAGGAGCCAGUAGGGUCACCCUCCCUACCACGCCGUUGCUGCAAAACAAAACUACUUCGUCAUCGCUGCCCCCACCACAGCUACAGCAGCAACAAAACCACCACCAGCCUCAUAACCAACAGCUCCAGCAACCGCAAAACCAACAGGAACAGAGCCGGACGUCAGGCCUCCUCCCCGCCACCGCAGCCUCACCCUCCUCCUCCUGCUCCUCCAGCCAAAAACGUCAGAGCCGGAAGCUAGCCCGCGAACAGAACAAAGUGACGCUUCUCCUGGUUACCAUAGUGAUGAUUUUCCUCCUCUGCCAGCUCCCCUGGACGGCCCUGUUCCUCUACAAGACGUACCUAUCCAGCUACAACCUGCCCAGCAGUAGCACAGAGCUCAAGAUCGCCGGGAACAUCUGCAACCUCCUGGGUCUGCUGAACGCCUCCGUCAACUUCUACCUCUACUCCUGCUUCAGUCGCAGGUUCAGACGCACGUUGGCAAAGUUGGUGUUUUGUUGUCGCCGGUGGAACAACUCGCCCACUACCACAGUGUGAGUGACUACUACUACCAAGUCGCCACUGCCCUCUUCCGUUCCUCGACACCAACCACUGAGUGAGACUCCUGGGCUCAUCACCAGGAUAUGAGUGACCACUGAGUGACCCAACCCCCCCCUAUCUCUUAUAAGUGACUACUUAGUAUAUU